UGGACUGCAGCUGAGGGCGAGGUAAACAACAGGACUAUAAAUAACAGCGCAGUCCUCCUCUGGCUUUGUAGAGCUACGGAGCUGAGCUGGGGGCUCACGGGGCUGGCGACAGCCCCAGCCAUGUGGAGGAGCCUGGGGCUUGCCCUGGCUCUCUGUCUCCUUCCUCAUGGAGGAACAGAGAGCCAGGGGCAAGGCUCUCUUUGCAAGCCGCCUCCACCCUGGAGCAUAAAGGAUGAAGAUCCAAUGCUGAACUCAAAUGGUUCAGUAACAGUGGUGGCCCUUCUUCAAGCGAGCUGACACCUGUGCGUUCUGCAGGCAUCUAGAUUGGAAGACCUGCGAGUAAAACUGGAUAAAGAAGGAUACUCCAACAUCUCUUAUGUUAUUGUUAACCACCAAGGAACUGAUUCUCAACAAAAGUAUAUGCUUCUUAAAAAUGAGGUUUCAAAGCAUAUUCCUGUUUACCAACAAGAAGAAAACCAAACAGAUGUCUGGACUCUCCUAAAUGGAAACAAAGAUGACUUCCUCAUAUAUGAUCGAUGUGGCCGCCUUGUAUAUCAUUUUGGGUUGCCUUUCUCCUUCCUAACAUUUCCAUAUGUAGAAGAAGCCAUUAAGACUGCUUACUGUGAAAAGAAAUGUGGAAGCUGCUCUCUCAUGACAUCGGGAGAUGAAGAAUUCUGUAAAAAUAUCUCUUUGGCUGCUGUGGAGAAAACCACCGAGGCUCUGCCGCCACAUCGGCACAACCAUCAGCAUCCGCAUCCCCACCCCCACCCCCAUCCCCAUCCCCAUCCCCGUCCAGGUCGUCUGUAUCCAUAUCAUCUUUGGCUAGGCCUAGGCCACCAGCAUCUGGGGAGUCAGCUCUCAAAGGAUCAGCAACCAGAUGCAUCAGCUGCCCCAUCAGCUGCCCCGGAGCAUCCCCAUGCCCCGGGACACCAGCACCCACAUAAGCACCAGGGCCAACAAAGAGAGGGGAACCCAGAGAACUGAGAUACGCCAGGAAGCGAAAGUUUACAACUUUCUCUUCUACAGAAGAAGCUCUGACGAAGGGGUUGUAUAAAUCAGUUACUCUGAAAGAUGCCCCAAGUUUCAGAGUUGGCUCCUGGUAGCUGAUGCUGACACUGACGACAUCUGAUAUUUGAAAAAACAGGGUCUGCAGUCACCUGACAGUGUAAGGAACACCUCCCUUCUUUAUGUAGCUGACAGGGACUUUGGGCAGAGGAAAACGUCAUUGAAUCUUGACAGUGACGUUUGCCUCCAGCUGCCUGACAAACAAGUCGGCAGCAGCCCAUGCCCACAGAAGCUAGCACCAAAUGAAGCUGAAAAGAUCAGGCAGAAAUGUGAAAAUGACCUUCAAACUAAAUAUUUAAAUUAGGUUAUACUGCCCAAGUCUUCCUAGACACAAUGUCAUUUCCAGCAUUGUUUAUAAAGUUACCUAAUUAGUGAUCUAAACACAGGAAUUGGAUUUGUGCCAACACGGAAACAUCUCCUAUCUUGGCUUCCAGAUUUUAGAAUCUAUAACAAAGAAAUAUUGACCAAAACCAUAUUUUUAUUACGGUGCAACUGAAAGGUGAUUGUAGCAUUUGGUUAAUAUGGCUUUCAUUUUCUUUUUCCAGUAUUCUACUUGCAUUAAUGAAAACAGAAACACAAACUAUGACCUAGGGGUUCCUGUUGGAUAGUUAGCAAUUUAGAAUGGAGGAAGACAACAAAGACAUAUUUUCCAUUUUUUCUUAUUUCUGAAAACAAUAUUAUCUGUCUUUUUAAUCUUACUUUUAAAAUUGAUUCACCAUUAAAGAAGUGAACUGUCUUUACGAUUCAGAAAAACUUAAACAUGAGUAUCUUUCUAUGUUUUAAAAUAUGCAUUUACACCUUUUAUAUCUAAGACUCUUAUCUUGAUUUUUUACUAUCAUAUAUGAGUGAAAUCUCUAUAUCUUGUUUUCUUUAUCUAGCAUUGAACCGCACUGUAAAAUUUGAAAGAUACAAGGGGAAAGAUCAAGAAAAAUUUGAUUUUCACUGUUGACUGUUUAGAAAGCAUUUCCAUAGUCAAUGAUGGUUCAAUAGGUAAACUAAAGCCUAUAAACCUGAACUUCUUUAUGGUUAAUACUGUUAAGCUGUUCAACAGAAAGCAGUACAUGGUUGGCCAGUGUGGAUUUGUUUCAAUAAACUCAAUACAUACAUUUAAA